AGUUACAGUUCCUCAGUCGGCACUAGUACUACGAUUUUACCCCGUUCAUUCAUCUUGCUCACCGUCUCCCGUGUCGCACCUCUCACCUUUUUCUCCAUGAUGUAGUAAGUACUUACUAACUUUGUUUUUGCGCUACUUGUACAGAAGAAGGUACGACUAGCAUCAAAAGCUGCAAAAGCAUAUUAGCAAACUCGACAGCAUAUAAGCAUAUAUUUAUGCAGCAAAGUCAUCCUCAUCAAAGAAAGUGGAAUGAAGCGGCCGCCCGUUUUUUCUAAUUUUUCAAUGUUGUGCACAUUGUACUACCGCGUCCGCGUCGGUAACCCCACCAGAUAAUUGCUACACGAUACACGCACUACUUUCACUUCAUUAUCAUUUCAGAACACUUCUCCCCACUAGGAUCCCCGAGGAAGAUGCCGCCCAACAGGGGUGGAGGCGCCGGAGCGUCCAAGAUUGACCGGAAACUCGGGCAGAAACGGUUGCUGAAGGAGUAUAAGAUGAUGCAAGACAUGGUGAAAACAAAGGAAGACAUGAACGGAAUUUUCGCAGAGCCCAGCCCUGACAACAUGUUCACGUGGUACUUUUUGUUCGAACCGGAACAGACGCCGUUUUCCCGCGGGCAGUACUUCGGGAAGGUGGUGCUCCCGGAGGAGUACCCCUUCAAGCCUCCGGAACUCUACAUGAUCACGCCGAACGGACGCUUUCGGGUGAACACAAAAAUCUGCACCAGCAUGAGCUCCUUCCACCCGGAGAGCUGGGACUCAUGUAUCGUUUAGCUUGCUCGCAUCUUCCUCCUCAGCGACUGAUGAAUUAGAAUUUUUGUGGUCCAUUUUUCUGUAUGCUAAUGCUGCACUAGCACGUGCUCAUCGAUCCUUACACUCGAUCUCUUAAUUGCUCUGAUGUAAUAAUCAUGCGCCAGUGGGUCCUCUUUUACAACCAGUGUGCAUGUUUGUGAAGUUGAAACGAAAUAUAAGAGGAUCAGCACAAUACACACAGAAACUUGUGCGACAGAACCGUGAAGAUGAUAUCGUAUCCAUUUUCGUAUCACUUUCAACAGCUUGGACGGUGCGCACGGUGCUGCUCGGUCUUCUGUCGUUUUUGUAUGAGCAGGGCAACGCGUUGGGUUGCAUGGAGAGCACAUCCAGCGAGAAGCUGCGACUCGCGGAGUCAUCCUGGGCUUUCAACAAAAAGAACAGGGUAGCCGCGGAACUCUUCGGGAGCCGGCUCCACGAAACAAACCCGAAAGGGCCGCCUCCGGAGGCGAUUCCGGACAAGGACGAGGAGCCUGAAGUCUUCAAGUCCAGCACAAACUUUCUCAGAGACGGCUUGCUUGCAGCGUUCAACAGGGCGGGCGGAGCAAGAGUCGCUGCUGCCCUCGGUCGGAGCGAGCAGAAAGCAGACGGUGCUGGUGGUCAAGAGCUUUCACCAGACGUUCAGCAGCUCUUAGCGGAACGAGAGCGGAGAGCUGCAGCCCUUGCAGGUGCUCCUGUGAAAAACAACGAUGGAACGCAGCAGAAAGGCCCACAAGGACAAAGAGCAACCCUGAGAAGAGUCGAUAAAGAGGCGCUAGCACCCGGUGUGGAUACUACGGCAUUGCGCUUACGUAAUAAACCUGCAGGGCACAGCACCAACGGAGCAGAAGCCUCUGGGUACUCCGAGAAGGAGGACAGCAACGAAAAGUCCUCAUCCUCGUCAACCUCGGCUUCUUCCUCAAGCGCUGGCGCAAAUAAAUCCGCCAGCGAAGGAGCCAGCAACAGCAGCAACAAGGGGAAGGCCCGCGGGAAGAUAGACCGAGACGAAGAAGAUGCUGUCAAUGCACCGACGCCCGUCGGACUCGAAGUUCUUUCUCCGUGUGGACCAGGUGGCACAACAAGAAACAAAAAUACGCCGCCUGCUACUCCAGUUCAAACACGAAUUCUUGUUAUGGUGUCAGUGUUGCUGGUUUCAGCAGUGGCCGCGCUGUUCUACUUGAAGUUCACGAGGGCAGCGACCUCCGAUUUUCGCUCGCACUAGCUAGCAGAAAAAGAGAGGUGAAGCUGAACCAAGUGGCUGGCGACGGUUGCUUCUUGAUGAUGUUUGCUGCUGUGUGUAGUAGAAGUCCCGGCUGUACACUCUACACAGUACUGAAAGUGUCGCGACAUAACAAUAAAACCAGCGAAUGAAGAGCUGUACUUGAAAUUGAAGAAGAGCCGCGGCGGGCACGAGCUCGCUGCGGUCUUUCUUUCUGUAUUAGCAAAGCAUGACUAGGAGCAUAUUUGAAUUCAUUGAGAACAUAA